AACAUGCAACGUUCGUUGACUGCUUUUAGCCUCUACUUGGCGACAUAUUGGAGUCUUUGUUGCGCAUUGAAUCAGCUCAAUUCUGUCGCUGUAUUGACGAACAAAUCCACGGGCAAGGACUCCGGACGACCCAUUCGCUCCCUUCGGGACCGAAGUCCCCGUCGGCCUUCUGUCGCGGUGCCAAGUUGUCAUCGAGACGCUUCUAAACGCAGUUCUAGAGGUGUUGCGACUCGAAAAUCGUGGAAUCCCUCCGCAUUAGUGCGACUCCAGAAUCCCAAUGAAAAUGCAAUAGCUUUUAAUCUUGCAUCGUCGGGGCUACGCCUUGUCCAAGAUCGUGGUACGAAAGUGUAUGCCAAUACUGCAGAUCCCUCCAUUGCGUAUAACUUGCACGCUCCGACACCAGAGACUCGCUUUCGAUUUGUUUCGCUCAACGAAUUGUUUCCGCACAGCAGUGCCAUGCUGGGGUUUUCAGAGACAUUCAGUACAGACAAACACUUUCGCGAGCAACUGCGCAAUUCAUUACGGCGCGACUUGUUUGAUGCUAAUCCAACCCACCAUCGUCUUUCAGAAAAAGCAAGGGCGAUUUUGUUGCAGCCGGAUUCCUCCUUACAAAGUUCCUGGUCGAUAUCGUCAUCAGAAUCAAUUCCAACUCCUACACCACGGACAACAGCAUUGCUGCAAAAGACCUUUGGUAGUACUCCUCAUCCCACAGAAUACAGCAUACCCACUGGAGUGGAUUUAUUGAACGCAAUCGGUUCGUUGUGUGGUAGAGGCGCAUCAACCCACUGGAUGGAUAUUGUAGGAAUAAACGAUCGUGCUAUUUCUCAUUCCUGGCACCAGGAUACGGGUCGAAGAGGCGAUGGUGAAUCCUGGACCGUGCUAUGGGGCUUUCCAAAAGAAGAUUGUUAUGUUGGAACGGGUGUUUUUACGCACGUGUUGCCUUUAACCCACGAACACCAUGCACCGCACGGGCACACCCAGAACGAGCCUGUUCUUUUUCACGGGAUCACCGUUCCUGAUGAGUCCAUCGUCCGGCCUUGUUUCGGGCCUGGCAAGGAGUUGCUGGUGUAUCGUGAUAUCGAUGUGUUGCACUCGGCACCAGAUGUAACGUACCGAACCAGUGUUAUGCGCUUUAUGUGA